AUGAUAAAACUGGUCACACUGUGCGACCAUGGCCCUUCUCAGGCAGAAGAAGAAGAUGUCAAAGAAAAAGAUGAAGUUCAAGAAGAGAUCUCCCCAUUCCAGUCAAUCGCCAACAUAGCCAACUACCAGAACCAGACCCUGUUGGGCAGCCAUCACCAUCUGCUCCACAUCGCCGAACCGCAACUGCAACUGCUGCCCGCAGUGACGACAACAACGACGCCGACGCCGACGCUGACGCCAACAACACAGCAACCAGUAUCCAUAGUACCCAAUUUGAAUACACAGAGUCCACUAACACUAACACACACAACAUACCUACAACAACAACAGCAGCAUCAACAGCAGCAACAACAACAAGAACAACACCAGCGGCAAGUGUUCGAAAAAGCCAUCACCAUUUCGUCGAUUGCGAUUAAACGCAGGCCGACGCUGCCGCAAACGCCAGCGAGUGCCCCACAGGUGUUGUCGCCGUCGCCCAAACGCCAGUGCGCCGCCGCCGUUUCGGUGCUGCCCGUGCCAGCAGCAGCAGUUGCCGCACCAGCUGCCCAUCUGCAGUACGCUAGCUCGCCGGCAGCAGCAGCAGCCGCCGCCGCCGCAGCAGCAGCAGCAGCACUCAAAGGUCAUCAGUUGAGCUUUGCACAUCCCACACAGUUUGCGGCCGCCGUUGCCGCGCACCACCAGCAACAGCAACAGCAGCAGCAGCAGCAACAACAACAGCAGCAGCAACAAGUCGCCUACGCAGUCGCUGCAUCACAACAACAGGCAGUCCAUACACACCAGCAACAUCAUCAUCAACAGCAGCAGCAGCAACAGCAACAACAACAACAGCAGCAACAACAGCGUAUAGUUCAGUUCAAUCAGGCGGCCGCCGCCGCUGCAUUGCUCAAUCAGCAUCUACAGCAAUCGGCCGUUGCAGCUGCCGCUGCACAUCAGCAACAGCAGCAGCACGUGGCGGUGCUGCAGCAGCAGACACCUGCCCAUUACAGUGGUUAUCAGCUGCGACACGCCCACACAGCUUACGCUCCACAACAGCAACAUAUUGUGCUGAGCAACAGCAACAAGCAGCACCAGCAACAGCAAAGCAUUAGCAGCAACAGCAACAGCAGCACAGCGGCAACUGCAACUGUAGCAGCAGUGAGCAGUGCGCUAAGUGUUACCACAGCAACACCAACAGCCGCAACCACCAACACCAGCAACACCAGCAACACCACCAACAGCAGCUCCCCGGGCAGCUCCACGCACGAGUCGCAGUCUCACGAAUCCGCGUCAAUUUCAGCGCCGACGACUCCCUCGCCGGCUGGCAGCAUCAGUGCCGUCGCGGCCACAGCAGCAACAACAGUCGUUACCAGCGAUAGCAACAACAACAACACAACAGCAACUACAACUACAAACGGCAACAGCAGAGACGCCAGCAGCAUAAUGGAAAAUCAGAUGGCACUCGCCCCAUUGGGACUCUCACAGAGCAUGGACUCCGUGAACACCGCCAGCAAUGAGGAAGAGGUGCGCACAUUGUUCGUCAGUGGUUUGCCAAUGGAUGCCAAGCCACGAGAGCUCUAUUUGCUAUUCAGAGCCUAUGAGGGCUACGAAGGAUCUCUACUAAAAGUAACUAGCAAAAAUGGCAAAACUGCAUCGCCCGUUGGUUUUGUGACAUUCCAUACAAGAGCCGGUGCCGAGGCAGCUAAGCAGGAUCUGCAGCAGGGUGUACGCUUCGAUCCCGAUAUGCCCCAAACAAUUCGCUUGGAAUUCGCCAAGAGUAACACGAAAGUGAGCAAACCCAAACCACAGCCCAAUACAGCGACAACAGCCUCACAUCCUGCAUUGAUGCACCCACUCACUGGACAUCUGGGUGGGCCUUUCUUUCCGGGCGGACCCGAGCUAUGGCAUCAUCCGUUAGCGUAUUCGGCCGCCGCUGCCGCUGAGCUGCCCGGUGCGGCUGCCUUGCAGCAUGCAACACUCGUGCAUCCGGCACUGCAUCCGCAGGUGCCCGUUCGCUCCUAUCUCUGACUAAAUACAGACAAAGUAAUGGAGCAGCCUAUGCAUCAAACUCAAAUAACAAUGCCACAUCAUCAGACAACUGCUACCGCUUUACAUCCCAGCCAGGCGGCAAUGGCACACAUGGCCGCUGCUGCCGCUGGCGGUGGUGGUGCUGCCGCUGCCGCUGCUGCUGCUGCGGCUACGGCGCCACAGGGCGCUGCUGCUGCAGCUGCCGCUGCCGCUGCUGCGGCUGCAUCACAUCAUCAUUUUUUAUCCAGUCCCGCGUUGGCAAGCCCCGCCGGCUCCACCAACAACGCUACACACCCGGCCAAUCCACAGAUAGCCGCCAAUGCGCCCUGCUCCACGUUAUUCGUGGCCAAUUUGGGCCAGUUUGUGUCCGAGCACGAGCUCAAGGAGGUGUUCUCUAGUAUGCCUGGCUUUUGUCGCCUACGAAUGCACACAAAAGGUAUGCACAAUAUCACAACUUCUAUGCCUUCAACUUUGUCUUCAACUCUGACUUCUCCAACACCAACUUCAACCUUCCUCACUGCAACUGCAGCAGCAACAGCAACAACUACAAGCUGCAAUACUGCAUUAGUCAACGGCAACCACAACAACAACAACAGCAACGGCAGCAAUGGCCAGCCACAGCAACAGCAACAUCCGGUGGCAUUUAUUGAAUUCAAAGAUGCCCCAAGUGCAGCACAGGCCAUGCAACAGUUGCAGGGCAAAUAUUUGCUUAGCUCGGAUCGCGGCUCCAUACGCAUUGAGUAUGCCAAGACCAAGAUGCUGAAUGAAGUAACGCUGCCACUGAUCAGUAGCAGCAGCAAGACUGUGGCAGCUGCCCCGCCACCACCACCGCUACCAACAGCAGCUACACAUCAGCAACUGUUCAUAUUGAAUGGCGGCCUGGAGCUGCCACCACCACCGCCCCCGCAUCUGGGUCAUAUUAAUAACACAAAUAUGCUCGUUACUGCACCAGCACCACUUGCAAUAUCAAAUACCCCACAACAGCAGCAGCAGCAGCUUCAGCAGCAACAGCAUCAUCAAUUUCAACUACAGCAACAUCAACUGCAGCAGUUGCAUCAGGCGACAACUGGCUGCACCACCAGCACCACUAGCGUUGUUGUUAACUCACUACAGCACCACCAACUUCAUCCAAAUCAGCACCACCAAAAUCAUCUCUUUAGAGACCUCGGCUCGUUUACUUUGCAUGACAGCAGCCACAGCAGCAACAACAACAGCAACAGCAAAAGCCGCAGCAGCAACAUGGGCUGCAGCAACAUCACAGCAACAGCAGCUAAAACUUAGACCAGGCAGGCAUUUAAAUACAAAUUAUAAAAAACAAAUGUGGGCAGAAUAACAUACACUCACCACACACCCGCUAACAACACACACACUCACAGGCAACAUACACACGACAGCAGUAACUAUAGCAAUGUGUAGUCUUAUAGCACUUGACUUUACGAUUUAUACUCGCACACACACAUACACAUUUCUGCAGACUUAAUAUGGUAACCUGAACUCCAGGCGCCAGCAAGUGCAAAGUUCCAUUUAAACCAGCAAAUAUAGAAACACAUUUUUUUGCCCCACUCAGUAUGUGUGUGUUGCUGCUGCACGUAUUUAAAAUGCGAAAAGACCACAUAAAUUCAUUUUUUCAAUUUUCGUGCAAGAAAAAUAGAACAACCAACGAUCACAAACAGCAACAGUAGCAACAACAACAACAGCAAAAAGAGCAAACAAUAAACAGAGAACUUCUUUAUAAAAAAUGCAAAGGAGAAAGCAAGCCACGCCCACAAUCAAGUGCUGCUUAUUGGAUGCCAGGUGGGGAAAGAAAGGAUAAAGGGUAAAGACAAGAAGGACACAUGGUGGGAAAAAUCGCUAGACGAUAAACAGGGCCGCAAUUUUUAUUUUGUUUUAUUUUACUUUAUGUUUAUAGUUGUAUUAUAAGCUUUAAAAUGAAGCCGACCAUAGAAGAAAGUAGCAAAACUUUAAUCUGAAUAAAGAAAGCCUAAUACAUUUUUUAUAA